UUUAAACAACUCAAAAUCUAUGCACUUGGCAAACAAAUUCAAGGGCUCCAAGUUCUCCUUCCCCUUGGUGAUCCGACCCUAAUUCGCUUUAGCCGCUGUAUUUCUGUCAAUUCUUUCCAAUUUCUAGAGGUUUUUCUUCUCCCUUUUCCCAGUGGAGGUGGAAGCGAACUAGUUGUGCAGAAAAAAUGUUGCCGCAACGGAUGAAGACGGCCAUUACAGAUAACCCGAAGAAGCUUGCUAACUUGAUUGAUCUCGUAAACCUUCCUUCAACUCUCAGGGAGUUUGUGGGACAGUCCCAAAUUUCUCGUCUGGGCUGUUUCAAGUAUGUGUGGUCAUAUAUCAAAACCAAUAAUCUUCAGGAUCCAACCAACAAGAAUGUGGUCAUUUGUGAUGAGAAGUUAAAGAGUAUAUUGCUAGGCAAGUCCAAGAUUGAGCUAGCCGAACUUCCCGCGCUGAUUAAAUUACAUUUUCCAAAGAACCCCAAGUGAGUUACGCUUGCAGUUUAACCUCUGCCACAUCCAGAAUGACCUCUUCAAUGUUUAGCCUCAAUUUUGUAUGAAUCUCCUUCUAGGUUUCUUUUAUAUAUAUGACUCUUCUUGUACCUCAUGCCUUAUGCUUUGUUAUACGUUUUAUGCUUUGUUAUACGUUUUAUUUUAUCAAGUUGUAACAACUCAAGUCCACUGCUAGCAAA